AUUUUCUCACAGCUAUUGUGUUUAGCGACAUCUAGUGGUGAUUCUGGUGUAAACUUUGACUUCAACUAUCCUAAUAUUAAAGAUGACAUUUACGACCAACCUGUAAAUAUGAUGGCGCCGAAAAAGACACCCCACGAAAAGGUUGCCUUCGAAACCUCGACUACAGAAGACCCCUGGGCACCAUUUGACUUCUCCAAGUUUGACGACUAUCUCGCUGGCGCGAGGGAUGAUACGGAUCGAAAUAGAGUUAAAAGAAGAGCUAAGAACACACGAAGAUUCGGCACGCUCAGUGGGCCAGCACUUCGCGAGAGACCACACCACUACGUAUAUCCCGAGCCUGUGAAAGACAGGAUCAUUGAGUUCACAACAUCGACCAGAAAACCUGGCAUUUUGCCAGAAACAAUGAACCCCGGUGUCAUAUUUCGAGUGCGAAUGUCCGAUGCGAUACUGCGAAUCAAACAACGAAUGUAUGAAGACCCUGAAAGGCACAUUGAAGCUGAUAUAAUAUACACGAAUCUGAUAAAAAAGGUCGUGAUGGACGAAAUAACGAAGUUUCAUAACCUACUCUUGAUGUAUAAAACAGAUAAGAGCAUCAAAGAGCAUUUGGGUGAAUGCGGUGGUAGGAUUUACAAAUUCAUUAGUUAUAUGACGAUAAAGGUGCAUAUCUAUUGUCUGUUCGAUGCUCUGUGGAUAGAUGGUAACCCAUAUGUCAUUGGUGAUGAAUAUUCGGUUACACCAGUGGAAGUGCCUCCAAUAUUGCAGUGUGACGCGGCUGAAUGCAAUUCUGUUGUAUUUGUCGAUUCUAUUACUGAACCUAAAGAUGUUGAGGAAUAA